AUGGAGCCAGCAGUAGAAACCCCAUUGCCUGAGGCAGAGCCAGAAAAUAUCACAGAGGAAAUUGUCCCGGUGGCACCUGCAGAGCCGGGCCAAGCGAGUUGGAAAAAGGAGGCGACAAACCGACACCGCUUCAAUAGAAUGGGAACCUCCAUGAAAACAGCCUACAACCCAGACUCCCUCCUCCAGAACCCACCCAAGCCCUCGGACAUCACGCUUGAGCUCCUCCUCGCCUCGCAGACGCAUCUCGGCCACUCGACCUCGCGCUGGAACCCGCAGAACUCGCGGUACAUCUUCGGCAUCCGCGAAGGCGUGCACAUCAUCUCACUGGACGUGACCGCCGCGUACUUGCGGCGCGCGGCAAAGGUCGUCGAAGAAGUCGCCGCGCGCGGCGGACUGAUUCUGUUCGCUGGCACGCGCAAGGGCCAGAAACAGUCCGUCGUCCGGGCUGCCGAGCUGGCCAAGGGCUAUCAUAUCUUUGAAAGGUGGAUUCCGGGCAGUCUUACGAAUGGCCAGCAGAUUCUGGGACACUGUGAGACGAAGGUUGUUAAUGCGCUCGACGAGGAGUUGCCUGAGUUCAAGGCGGAUCUUGCGGAUCGGCCGUCUCUCAAGCCUGAUCUGGUGGUUUGUCUCAAUCCACUGGAGAACGUGGUGCUUCUCCAUGAGUGCGGUCUGAAUAAUGUCCCGACUAUUGGCAUCAUCGACACCGACGCGGAUCCCACGCGGGUGACGUACCCCAUUCCAUCUAAUGAUGACAGUCUGCGCGCGACGACCCUGAUCGCGGGCAUUUUGGGACGGGCUGGUGAGGCAGGCCAGGAGCGGCGGAUGGCGAUGGCCAAGGAGGGAAAGACUACUUACGAGCCCAUCACGGCUCAGGCUCUGCGUCUUGAUCCGUUUACGGGCACUGCGCCUGGAAGCGAUCAGGUGAAAAAGCAGAACUAG